AUGGUGGGGCCAGCGAGUGAGAUUACCGGCCAGCCCGAAGUUGAGGCCCAGCAGCCAGUGGAGGAGGCGGCACAGGCGGAGGAGGCAAUUGAAUUUGAUCCGCACGUCGUGGGCGAUCUGUCCGAUGAUGGAGUUUCAGUUGGAGAUACUGAGAGUUUGCGGGAAUCUACCGCUUCGCUGUCAUCCAGCAUUCUGGAAUACCGCGACCUCCAUGGCCGAAAAUACCAGUCGUCCAAGACCACAGAAUACUGGGCCCCGACCGAUGAAAGACACAUUGAGGGCAAUGACAUCGCACAUCACAUUGCGUUGCUCCUCCUUGAUGAGCAGCUUACAUUGGCACCAAUUUCAUCGCAUCCUCAGCAAAUCCUCGACAUUGGCACUGGAACUGGCAUUUGGGCCAUUGAUAUGGCCGAUCAGUACCCUGGUGCCGAGGUUCUAGGCACUGACAUCUCGGCAGUACAGCCUGACUGGGUCCCUCCCAACUGUAUCUUCCAAAUUGAUGACGCCCAGCUAGACUGGACUUUCAAGGAAAACUUCUUCGACUUUGUCCACAUCCGCUACAUGUACGGCGGAAUUGACGACUGGGACAAGCUCUACAGGCAGGCAUACACCCACGUGAAGCCAGGCGGCUGGUUCGAGAACAUCGAGAUCGAUCUCGAGACUCGCAGCGAGAACCCCAGGGUGUCUAAUGACCCGGAUCAUAUCUUUAAGAAGUGGUGCAAGCUGUUCUGGGAUGCGGGUGACAAAAUCGGACGCACCUUUAAGAUCGCGCGUGAUAAUCAGAUGGAGGACCUGAUGAAGAAGACGGGUUUCGUCGACGUUGUGCACAAGAGCUGGAAGGUGCCCAUUGGUGCCUGGCCCCAAGACCCCAAGUUGAAGAACAUCGGGGCCUUUAACGGCGAAUUCAUCGACCAGAGCUUGGAUGGCUUUGCUGUAUUCCCAAUUGGAGAGAUUCUCGGCUGGACGAUGGAGGAGGUCACGGUCUUUGUGAGCCAGAUGAGGUCGGCUAUUAAGGAUCCGAAGUCUUUACCUUAUUACGUCGUUCACGCGGUUUGCGGUCGUAAACCAGAGGAUGCAUGA